CACAAUGCAAUGCGAGGGGUAGCUGCUGGUGACCAGCAGAGGCGAGAAGGUGUUCAUUAAACCUCCUAAGACGGUACUGCUGUGACCUGUUGACCUCACCGGAAGUAUUUGAUGAUAGGCAAGAUGGUGGCGCCCGCUGUGCGGGGCGUGUAAAGGGAGUGUGGGUCAUUAUAUCCAGUGAAGAAAAAGGAAUGUCAGUGAGGAGCUUGCCGGUGAUCACCAGGUUCUGCCGACUGGCUAACCAUGGCCGGGCCUUCCAUUGUGUCUCAGCUCUGCAGCAGAUGUGUGCAGCACCCCAGGUGGAGGCAGACACCGGGAGACUCCCAUCUGUUUUCAGGACCAGUCAAAUCGAUCCUGGGCAGCAUGCAGAGCAACACGUAGGUCUGCAUUACACCCUCUCGCCGGGGGACCUGAAGACCAUUUUCCCUCAUGGCUUCCCUCUCCGCUUCCAGAAACAGAUCCGGACAUUCAGGGAGGCAUGCAUCAUGGUUCGGAGGCCAGGCCUGGAGCUUGUUGGUUAUCUGAAGGCUGCCAACUAUUCACACCCAGUUGUUCGUUAUGUCAUCUACGGUGAAAAGGGGUGUGGUAAAACGCUCACCCUCUGCAAUGCAGUCCAGUACUGUGCUAAACGGGACUGGUUAAUCCUCCACAUACCAGAUGCCUAUUUGUGGGUCAAACACUGCAAGGAGCUGAUGCCUUCAACCUACAACGAAGCUCGCUUUGACCAGCCCCUCGAAGCCUCCACCUGGCUCAAGAACUUCCGCAUCACCAAUGAGCGAUUUCUGGCUCAGCUAAAAACCCAGCAGAGGUACACUUGGAGCAAGCGGGAGGCCACCGAGGAAGGGCGACCCUUGGGAGAAUUGGUGGACCAGGGUAUCACACGAGUGAAGAAUGCCAGUGACGUGGUGGGUGUCCUGUUCAAAGAGCUGAAGUCGCAGUGUUUACCGGACUCCUAUCGGAUGCUGGUGGCAGUGGAUGGGGUCAAUGCUCUGUGGGGACCUACUACUAUGAAGAAGGAGAACAAAAGUCAGGUACUUCCAUCUGAACUUACCCUGAUCCACAACUUGAGGAAGCUGCUCUCCAAUGAUUGGGCUGGUGGAGCUGUGGUUACGACCCUGACCCAGACCGGAGCGCUGGGAGCCUCUCAGCUGUCCCACCUGCCCCAUGAGCUGCUGAGGAAGGAUGGCUUUGAUGCCCUGGACCCUUUUGUUCCAAUUCAAGUGAUGAAAUACAGCCAGAAAGAGUUUGAGAGCUGCUACCAGUACUACAUUGACCGCAAGUGGAUUCAACACGAGAAAGCUCUCACGGAGGAGGGUAAGCAGGAGCUAAUCUUCCUCAGCAACUACAACCCAGGGACCUUUGACAGGAUCUGCGGUCCCCUCUGAGUACUGGCACCUCCCUUCGCACCAAGCUCUUCUUCCAACACCACCCCCCCCCCCCCCCAAGUUGAAUGGAAGACAUUGUGAAUGGACACCCCGAGUCCAACACAUUUUGCUCCAGGCAAACAUGGUGCCAGUCUCUCUGCUUUGCAAAUGAGUGCCUGUGUGCUUGAGCACUGUUGUCAGUCUGUGUCUGAAGACAAGGUUGGUUGGGGGUAUUCCACAUCAAGUCCGACAGAAUACAAAGCAAUCAAGAACACAAUACAAGUCAAAAAUGGAGGGGAGGAACAUCGAACUGCGAAUUCAGCCACCUUACUCCAGCAAUCUGAAAUUUGUGUGUUUUCUGUCUGUACUGGAAGUUGUGGGUAUUUUUAAUGAGCAUUGAUCAUUAAAACAGCAGAUUUAA